UGGUGCAGUCCAUGCUGCCAGUGCCAUCUCUAACCGCUCUUGUUGUUUUUUGACCGCACUUGCUUUCUUAAAUUGAUGAAACUCUAAUUUAAACUAUUUAAACACAGCAAAUACUAUUAAAUAUGAUUGGAAGCAAGAAAGCAAAAAAGGCGAAUGUCUUUAAGGAAAUAGCGGAUAACUUCGAGCAGCUGACCAAGAAUCCGGAGCGUUUUCUCAAGCCACAGCCGGAUCAAGUGAAGGCCAUCGAGAAGCUUAUUCAGCAGACGUACGCGGUUAGCAUUAGCGGCGAUGUGGCGAACAAGAAGGCACUGCUGCCAGAACUGGUGCUAGAGGAGAUGGACGAGGAGCAGAUCUGGCAGCAACUGGAGAUGCGCAAUGAAUUGGUUUUCCAGCAGCUCCUGGAGCAAACAGCUCAGAUGACGGCGAUUCGGGAGCAACAACUGGGCAUUGAGUUGGACGACGGCGAGGAACAGGAAGAGGAGGAUGAGAAUGAGGAUGCUGAAGAGUCAGUUGAUGAAGAACAAGAACAUGAAUCAGACUUCAGCGGGGAGGAUGGAGAGCAAAGCAAACAGAAGACCACAUCGCCCAAAGAAAAAAAGUACAAGCGGGCUCGCAACUCUGUUGUGGACGACACAUUCUUCAAGCUAGAUGAGAUGAACGAGUUUUUGGAGCAAGAGGACGCCAAGGAGAUGCGCCGGCUGAACAGUAAGCGUGGUGUGGAACAGGUGGAUGACAUUGAUCACUAUGCAGAGGAUUUCGGACUGGGAGAAGAUGAAGAUGGCAAUGUUAACUAUGCAGAUUUCUUUGACAUGGACGAGGAGCUGGAACAGCAUGCUAAAAAGAUUAACAAAGGCAAGCAGAAAGAUUUCUUCAAUGAAAACGAAAGUGAGGAUGAGCAGGAAGAGGAUGAUAAUGAAGAAGCCGAUUCAGAUCAGAGCGAAGGAGAAGACAAAGCAGAACCUGAAGAGGAUAAAGAAGAAGCAGCCAGCGAAAUAGAUGAAUCGGAGUUUGUGGAAAAAAGUGGUAUAGAACCCGCCAGCGAUUCAGAAUCCGAUUCGGAAAAAGAGGAGGAUGAGCAACAACCUGUGGAGAAACCCUCCCAAUCCUCUAAUGAGAUGAGAGAGGCUCGUUUGUUUCAACGCAUUCGCGACUACGAAGACGUUGUCCUUGGCGAUAAGCCUUGGCAGUUGAAGGGCGAAGUUAAAGCGGCCAAUCGGCCGCAGAACUCGCUACUUGAGGAGAUACUUGACUUUGACUCCACCACUAGACCCACAGCGCCCAUUACGGAAGAGGAUAAUCGUUCCAUCGAGGACAUUAUCAAGCAGCGUAUUCGCGAUAAAGCCUGGGACGAUGUAGAGCGCACAGUGCGUCCAGUAAACACGCCGCAGGAAUACCGAAAGCAGCUGGUCCUGGACCAAGAAAAGUCAAAGCAGUCCCUGGCGCAGAUCUACGAAUCGCAGUACCAGCGCGAGAUGGAAAAACUAGACCCCAAUCGCGAUGCCGAUGAUAAAUCUGGUCCGGAGCCCAAAGAACACCAAGAAAUCAAGCGGGCAAUGCGUACACUGUUUCUUAAACUGGACGCUCUAUCCAACUUCCACUUUACCCCGAAGCCAGUGGCGCCGGAGGUCAAGAUCGUGACCAAUACGCCCGCAGUACACAUGGAAGAAGUGGCCCCGUUGGCGGUGAGUGAUGCCAAGCUGCUGGCGCCUGAGGAAGUAUUCCGUGGACCCAAGCAUGCUCCUCUUGGUAAGACGGAACGCGAUCGGACAGACAAGAACCGCGAGCGCCGCAAGAAGAAACAGAAGCAGCGGGCCAUCAACUCGGCAGUGGAGCAGCGCGAACUUCAGCGCGCGAAGGAGGGCAAGGCACCUACGAAGAAGGAGGCGGACGCCAAGCUCCUGAAGAGCAUCACCAAGAACCGUAAUGUUGAAAAGAUCAACGCCAGCAGCAAUGACCAUGGUGCUAUGAAGUCCUCCAAGGCGUUCUUUAACAAACUGCAGGACACCACUGCGGCUACAGCGUCUAACAAGCGACCCAAAAAGGAUCCAGCAAAGGCUAAUGCAAAGAAGCUUAAGCUUUAAAUAUACUGUUUAAGACUUCUCCAUCUGGUAAUUGCCUUCAUCCAGCCAAGUUUUUUCGUCUCAGGUCACGUGCCAAAAAACGGCCACAAGCACACACAAAAGUCCACAAAGAAAUCCUGGUUGCAAGAAUAACUUUGGCGUAUCCUUCGAGCAAACCAAGUGUUCAAAUUGGGCACCAUGGGAUAUGCCAUGUGCCAGUACUUUUAAUGUUCCCUUUUCGGUAUGCGUAUGUGAUGUGUGGGCGAUUUGUGUGUGAGUCAAGGACAUUCGGUGGCCCGGUGGGACGAUUAGGCACGCGUGCAUUGUGCGAAAUAUGAUUAUUUUUAGAAUUAUUUACUUAAAAUAAACUGUUUGCUAUGUAAAUAGAACCGUAAUUAAAGGAAGCUGCAAGUAAGUAAA